AUGGCAGCCCCGAAGGAAAAUAGCCUCUUCCCUCCCAAUCCCUACUAUAUCCCCGGCUACGAGGGCUUCGUCCCUCAGUACAACUAUCAGUUUGGAGAAACCUUUGGCAAAACGCUGGCACCGCUGCACAAGGAGAAGUUCGUUGAGGACUUCAGCGGGACGAAGCACGGUGUCCAGGGUUAUCUCCCUGGCCGUCCAGGGUACUUUCCCUAUGAGAAAGCUGGGGCUGCAACAAGCUUUCCUGAACCAGUCCUUGGGCCAAAACCUCCCCCGCCGGGGCCAGAGCCGGCAGAGGAAGAGCUGAUGAUGAUGCACAUGGACCCUCUGCCCCAGCACCUCCCCAGCGAGUAUCCUGUAAAAAUUGAAGGCGUGACACUGCCAGGAGUGGCUGGAACAGUGGAUGUGGAGCAAGAUAAUCGUUUACCGAAACUGGACAUACCAAAUGCGAUCCAACAGAAAGUCAUUCCAGGGUACGCUGGAUUCAUCCCCCGCCUCACCUGGGUUAAUGGCGUGAACUACAUCCAGGGUGUGAAGGAAGCAAUGAAGGAAUUUGACCGACAUCAGUUUUUGCAGAGAAACCCGGCUUGCAGCUUUGGCAAGAGAUUUCCCCAAACAUACUGGCCUAACAACAGAAUUUACACCAGUGCUGGACUGAUACCUUCCUACAUGGGCUUCGUACCAGACCUCCGACACACCUACGCGCUUACUUUUGGAAACGGCACCCGAAAAGCUUACCAAAAGGAACAAAGGAGACGAGCUUGUGCACUGUGA